AUGAUAACCCAAGACAAAGAUACUGAAGGUGAAGCAGCGCAGUCUCGCCCUAAGAGUCACAUGGGGAAAAGCGGAGGGUUUGUGGUCCCAAGAGAGGAGAAAACUCCUGUGGUCAUAUGGGGCUGGAAAGAUUUUGCUAAGGAAAAGGUGCUGUUGGGCACUGAAGGGUUUGGAGAAAGGAAUGAAGAGAAAGUAACUUACUACUUAACUUUAGUAAUGACUUACACAGUGAUUGAGUCUGUCUUUGACACCAGAGAAGGCUUCCGAAGUCAACGUUUCGAAAGCAACAGCUACCACCGCAGUGGGCGGAAAGAGUUAAUACACCUCCCAAAACACCCUAUUUACUGCCAAGAAAUCCUAUAUACCCUGAGACAAUCUGGCUGGUCAACAAAAAACGAAGCCAGGGACUCAAGCGUCAUGAGUUCAGAUACAAAUGUAAACAAAAGUUCCUCCCCGGCUGCAGAGGAGCAGCCAGAUGAACAUGAUGACCUCCUUCCUGGCUCAGCCAGUGACCAAGAAAACAAAGUAAGAUUAUCUCCAGCCAAAAUGUCAACCAAGAAUUCUACAGAUCUAGUUGAAUAUGUUGACAAAGAUCAUUCUUUCCUUCCUGUCAUUCCAAACAUCCAGAGAAGUCAUCUGGAAGACAGACUGAACAGCCAGGAGCGCACCAUAGCUUUCCUCCUUGAGCAAGCCUUCCGCAUCAAGGAGGAUAUCUCUGCUUGUCUUCAGGGGACACACGGCUUUCAAAAAGAGGAGUCGCUUGCCAGGAAGUUACUGGAAAACCACAUCCAGACCAUCACUAGCAUUGUCAAAAAACUCAGCCAAAACAUCGAGAUUUUAGAAGACCAAAUAAGAAUUCGAGACCAGGCGGCCACAGGAACUAAUUUUGCAGUGCAGGAGCUAAACACCAAACACCUUCAAGGAGUUGGAGAUCUUCGAGGAAGAGUAGCCAGAUGUGAUUCCAGCAUUGUGAAGCUUUCUGGAGACAUUCAUUUCAUCAGGCAUGAGUACCGACAAAUUGAAAAAACAAUUCAAGAACUCAUGUCUUCCCUAGAAACUGUUUCUAAGAACUUGGAUAUGAAGGUAAUACAGCUCUUAGGAAAGAUAGAGGCUUCCAAUUCUGAACAAAUCUCAAAUUUAAAGAUGGUCCAGGGGGAUUAUCACCAUGAAAUGAAUCUUUUGGAGUUCAAAUUUAAUUCACUUUCAAACACUCUGUAUGAGGAAGUCGAGAAAAAUAAAAAAUGGACCGAAAGCCAGUUCAUCAAAUAUGAAAAAGACCAGCUGGGCCAAAUAAAUCAGUGCCUGAAGUGCCUACAGGAGAAACUGGAAAAGUCAGAAAAUAAAAUGGAAGAAAAAUUACUGCAGCUUUCAAGCAAAUUAGGGAAUUUUGUUAACUCACACAAACAGGAAGCAGAACUAAGCAAAGUAAAGCAUAUAGAAAAUAAACUGUCUAAAAAAAUGAGCCAGCUGGAAAAGCACAUCUGGGAUGAAUUAGAGAAAAUGCAGAAUGAAUAUCAAUCAGGGUUUAAAUCAAUUCAUGACUCUCUCAGCUCCCUCCAACAAAUACACCAAACAAAGAUGGAUUUAGAGAUAUAUAAAGUACAGAAAGACCUAAAGAAAUUACAGCGUAAGAUAGUGGAACUCCAGGAAGUAUAAACUUUCCAGUCAUCCUCUUUUCACCAGCCAAUGGAGUGAUUUGUUGGUAAA